AAAUAAUUACGAUUAACCGAUUUCAAUUCUGAAAAAUGGCUUCUAUUUCUCAAGAUUAAAAAUAUAGAAAAUUUCUUCAUGACGAGGUUAAAUUAAAACUUUCUAAAUUGUGCAAACAAAUACCACAUAAGGAAAGUGUGACAGAGCCUUUUAUCAUUCUCCAAAUAUUCAGUUUCUGGCUAAAGCUCAUUACUUCGCGAGUUUCUUUUAGAAAAGAGUCUUGAUUGAUCAAAGAUUGUCAUAAAAUUUAUAAGAAAUUCAAGAUGAAUGGACAAGUGGCACUUCUUUUCUUACUAAUCAUAGCAAUUUCAUUCGCGGCCACAUGUGCAGUUCCUGUAUCUAAAAAAGAUAAAAAUCUUAGUGAUUGUCUAAAGGAUUGUCCUAAAAUCGGAACUGAUCCAGUUUGUGUAACUGAUGGUAAAAAUGAUGCGACCAUGAAUACACAGACAUUCUGGUGCCACCAUAAUUGUGGAAAAGUUAUCGGGAUAGUAUUUCCAGGAGAAUGCGAAAAUUCUUCUUCUAAAGAAAACAAAUUGGAUGGUACUUCUAAAAGUGGAAAGAAAUUGUAAGACCCUGAAGCCGAGAUAAAAAUUGCGGAUCAGCGGAUUAAGCAUUAUUCCUUUUAUGAA